AUUGUCUCUGAGCCAACUGGCGGCCACAGCAUUUUCCCAAUAUCUCCUUCUCCCUCACCAUGAUCAGAAACAAACGAAGGGAGCUUCCUUGCCAAGUUUAGGACAAGGAGUUGAAAGCUUCGCUGAAAGUGGACGUCCUGAUGGCCAUCAAUUGCUGCUAGAAAUGCUGAGACCGAACGACUCUGGGCAUAUGGGAAACGGACAAGAUGUAGUUAUAGCAAAAGAUGAGAUGCAAGAUGUUGGUCCUGAAGACAAUCAAGAUUUGAUUGUCGUUCACGAAGAAUUAAAUCCUAACCAAGGGCAUGAACAUUUUAUGUAUUCAAAAUCUGAUGAGCAAAUAGAGUUGACAAAAGGGCAUCCAGAAGGCAGAAGUGAAGAGACAAAGGGACAUGAUUUGUCAGAAGGCAGAAGUGAAGUGACAAAGGGACAUGAUUUGUCAGAAGGCAGAAGUGAAGUGACAAAGGGACAUGAUUUGUCAGAGAGCAGAAGUGAAGUGACAAAAAGACAUGAUUUUUCAGAAGGCAGAAGUGAAGUGACAAAAGGGCAUGAUUUGUCAGAAAGCAGAAGUGAAGUGACAAAAGGACAUGAUUUGUCAGAAGGCAGAAGUGAAGUGACAAAAGGGCAUGAUUUGUCAGAAGGCCAAUGUGAAGUGACAAAAGGGCAUGAUUUGUCAGAAGGCCAAUGUGAAGUGACAAAAGGGCAUGAUUUGUCAGAAGGCCAAUGUGAAGUGACAAAAGGGCAUGAUUUGUCAGAAGGCAGAAGUGGUGUUUUAUCUAGUGAGGAUAUUGAAUUUUCAAUCUGUGUUACAAAUGUUGAUGAAUUAGUCAAAGAUGUUGCUCCAUGUGUUGCUCAAGUGCAUCAACACUGUGCUGCAUCAUUGGUGCACCAAAACAUGGUCACAACCUUAGGGCACCAAGACAGUGCUGCAUCAUUGGUGCACCAAAACCUGGACACAUAUUUAAGGCACCAAGAAAAUGAAAUAAAUAACAUUUUUAAAGACUCGAAAAAAGAUUCAGUAUCUAAAUGGAAUCAAGCAAUACCAGUGGACUGUAACAACAUCAUAGAAACAGUGCAUCAAGAUACUGCUAUCAACAGGCUGUCCCAAGAUGCUGUUACUGACAGGGCCCACAAAGACACUGCUAUUGCCAGGGUGUCCCAAGAUGCUGCUACUGACAGGGCCCACAAAGACACUGAUACUGACAGGGUGCACAAAGACACUGCUGUUGUCAGGGUACACCAAGACACUGCUAUUGACAAGGUGCACCAAAAUAUUGACUCAUACCUAUUGCAUACAGACGCUUUCAUAGUUUCAGUCCAGCAACAUUUCCCCACAUCUACUGUGCAGCCAACCCUUAUAAAAGAAGAAGAUAGCUUAGACAUUGGAAAUCAUGUUAUUUUAUUUGCCAAUGAAAUUUGCAAGAAAGAGGAAAUACCUGACACUAAUGCAGAAGGUAAUGGCCAGGCAAGUCUCAUUCGUAUAAAAUUGGAUCAAACUGCCAUUCCUGCGGGGUGGGAUAAAACUGGCAUUCCUACAGGGUUGGAUAAAACUGGCAUUUCUGCAGGGUUAGAUCUGACGGCCAUUCCUCUGGCUAAAAACACAACAGAGACUAAUAUCCCAGGAGUACCAGAUGUUAUUAUUGCAAGCACUUCCUCUAUCCCAGAUGUUCCUUUUGCAAGAACUUUAUCUAUCCCAGAUGUUCCUGUUGCAAGCACUUCCUCUUUCCCAGAUAUCCCCGCUGUAACUAAACCUAAGCCGAAGACAACCAGGAAAAGAAAGAAGAAAGUAUCCACCAAAUAUUUCAAAGAUAUUUUGGGUAAAAUGCUUGCCAACUUGCCCGGUAUGGCACAAGACACUGGCCAACGGGAUUUGGCCAAUGUGUUGACGGAGGAAGAUUUUGAAUUGAUAACCAUCAAAAUAGAGCAAGGAUUUCAAGAUGUGCGUCAUUUAGGAGAUCCCAGUGACAGUUUCUAUAUUCCCUCCAUCCUGGACCCUGUGGAUACCAGUAGUGAUGAUGUGAUCAUCACACAUUCUGACAUCAAACAACCCAUCAUGAAAAAGAAAAGGAGGACACCUAGAGUUAAACCUGUUGAACAACUGUGCUUCUCAGGCACGGCAUCAGACCAACUGCCUUCCGGUGUUGCCACGGGUAAAAAUUCUGGUUCAGUCCAUGGUAAAUUGCCUAUAGGCUUUCCCACGCGUCUUGAGACUCUUUGUGGAAAGGAUCCGUUGCCUGCUGGGCCGGGCAGCAAACGUUCACGGGAGGGCCAGUCUUUACCGCCCGCUCGUUCAGUCAAACCCAAUGUGCCACGGCAGAUUGUCAGCAUGUUUAAAAAAACGCUGCGCCGAGAAAGUGCCUCCUGUCAAGCAAACCGUGAAAUGUCCAGCUCUGUGCAGAGCUUAAAGAAAAUUCGCCAAGACAGUGAUGACUCUCAUUGUGAAACUGCAGGACUCGUCGUUGACACUGUUCCAACUAGAACCUCCCCGGCUCAUGGUGGUGGGACAGCCACAGUACACGGUGAGACAGCCAGAGUACAUGGUGAGAAAGUACCGCCUUUAACUCAAGUUUUCACGGUUAAAGUCGGCACAAUAAAUGAGGCACCCAAAUCUGACACUGGCGCACCUCAGCCUGUCACAGCCAGUUCAAGAGAUGUUGAGGAUUCAUCUCGGUCCAAGCUGGAUGUGUCAACAGCUUUACCCAAAGCCUCUCCUUUGCAGCCGGAAUUCAAUAGUUCAAAGGUCAGUAAUCCAGAAAGUUUAUGCCAACAAGUACAACACGACAUAUACAUAAGUGGAGAUGAGCUGUUCAGUGAUUCUGAGGACACGCCUGCUGUCACUCAACCUGCUGUCUGUCAGCCUGCUGCCUCUCAGCCUGGUGUCACUCAACCUGCUGUCUCUCACCCUAGUGCCACUCUACCUGCUGUCCAUCAGCCUGCUGUAACCAGCAGACAAGACCAAAGGAAAAACUCCAGUGAUGCAAACCGGUCCCCUGCCACUCAACCAAUGAUGUGUUCACCUAUUAUUAAGCCAACCUCCAAAUCCAGAUUUCCAGUAAUAGCUGGUGGGCUACCCAAGGGAACCCAGGUUCAGGGCACUUUGAACUCCUCAACAGUUAGCACAAAUGCUGGGCCAGCUGCACAAAGGAUGGCCACCGCAAGCUCUAGUGCACCAACAAACUCCAAUGCACCGACAAACUCUAGUGCACCAACAAACUCUAGUGCACCAACAAACUCUAGUGCACCAAAUAAACUUGGAAUGAAAGAAAACAUGUUGAAUUUAAUUGCAGAUGUUUUACUCCAACAUUUUAAACCAGGCCAGGCUCCAGUGGUAAACGUAAGCCACAUUGGUCAACUGGGAAUGCAGAGCCCAAGUAGUGAGAGCCCCUUAGAGUCUUCAAUUAGGGAUUCAAUCAGCUGCAGCCCAAGUCUGGCAGCUGUCACGCCUGUAGCUAACCAGACAAAAGGUCAGGAGGCAUACAGAUUGAAGCUGGAUGGAUAUACUGAUAGGAGGAGGAAAAAAAAACAACACAUCGCCACUGCUGAAAACCCAGCUGCAUAUGAAAAUACUUGGUCCAAGUCCCAAAGAAAGAGCGGGGACAAUGAAGAUGGCAAACUGAAGCUAGCGGAGGGGCAAAGUGUGGAACUUGCCUCUUUGAGAAAAAAAGGGAUAAAGCAUGUUCAAGGUUGUGGUUCUACAUCAGCCGAACCCUCAUCUCCAUCACUUCUUUUCUCAUCCAGCGCUGAUGAGGAUUUGCUGGAUGGAGUGGAUCAAGCUGAAGCAAACCAUCGGCUCGUGAUGGGAUGUGGAGAAGAAACGGCGUCUUCCAAAAGAAAGCUUCCACACUCCUUUACCGGCAUCUCAAAUGUUCCAGCCAAGAGUCCCAAAUUAGCUGACUCUACGGAUGAUGAUGAAAUCAUGGCUGUCAGAGUCUUGGGUGGCUGUCUGGGUGCCAGCAUUUAUCUAACCCCACCAAAUAAACGAAUGAAUGCAGCAUUGGAGGAAGAAAGCCACAAGAUGAAACCUGUUCUCUGUUCCGAUGUUUCUCAGAGGCAGGUUCCCAGAUUUGGUGCCAAGUGGAGUACUGAGUUGAGACAAGGCGUGACUUGUGUUAAAUCUUCCGGCACUUCUGAUGAGGAGAAACUCAAACAAAGACAGGUGGUAAUCCAUGAAGCCACCCAGUUAAGUGCAGGUGCCACUGGCGGGUCAGUCACCAGUGAUCCUGACAGAGGUAAAAAAGCAGAAGUCGGCCCACAUUUCCUGACUCCUGGUUUUUCUAAAGCAUCCUCGAGAAUAGGUCCAACCAAUGACCUUUCCCCUCUGAUUCGCUCCUCCCCCAUCCCAGAUGUUCAUGAAAGUUGUCUUGACACGUCCUCUCAGUCAGAUGGGGAGGGAAACCUUUCGUCUUCUCAGCGCAAGAAAACUUGCAGAGGCUUGGCGAAGAAAAACUCGCCACUCUUUUUAUCCUCAACGCUUCUGGAUAAUACCAAUACCAGGGAUAAACAAAGGAAAUCCUGGUUAACCUCACCUGUCCUUGAUAUGACUCUACCCUCACCUGUCCUUCAAAUGACCUCAGUCCCAUCUGUCCUUGAUAUGACCCCACCUCCACAUGUCCUUCAUAUGACCCCACCAGGCAAAGGUUCUCGAGCAGAUGUAAGGGAGCUUGAUGACUCACUAGCUCGGAGUGAGCUCCCAUUAAAAAGCCUUGAUAAAACCCCACAAUCGGAAGCACUGCAGCAAGCUAUAUGGGUAGAAGACUCGCCAUUGCCAGACGAGACUGUGUUGGGGAAAAGCAUUGCAGUUGGGAAUGUACCAAAGAAAUGUAAUACAAGUUUAAAUUUUGUUAGGUCUGUAAACCAUGAGCCCACCCAGUUGAGUCAAUUCAAAGAUAAGCCUGCCCAGUUGAGUCAAUUAAAAGAUGAUUUAAAUGAAAGUCAACAGAAAGGCGCAGAACAUCCUGCUUGUAAGAAUGCCAUAACUGCUUCAGCCAUUCCUAACAUUCCAUCCAGUCAAAGGACACCACCAAUAUCGGAUUCACCGUCAGCCUUACUUAGUUCUGCAGCCUUACACACGGUGGCCUUGAGGUCAACAGUUUCUAAAACAGCCUCACCAAAAAAAUCAGUGGAUCCCACACUUCCCAAGCCUUCAACUUGUGAAAAGAUUUCCCUCAUCACGUCGGUCACCCCUGCAACACAACACAAUUCAUAUUCCCGAAAAACAGCACCUGAACCCUCAGCCAUACGACCCUUCUCAAAAGACCCAACCAGAGAAGUAUUCCACCAGCCUCCUCAUGUGACCAACUUGCUCACACCCCCUGCAACCACAAAGACAUCCCCAAGUAUCUCAGCUCAUCAGCACCCUAAUGAAAUGAGUACCCCAGACUUUACAAGACGUCACCCAAGUUUGAGUAAAACUGACCAGCAGGCACAGUCCAAGACCAGCUUAAAUCAACAAACAUCUCCAACUAAAGGAAAAAUCAUUUCUAAUGUGGUAAGUACUGGGCUGUAAUGUUAUAAUGAAAUAAAUUAUGACUACUGUAAUUGGAACAUUUAUAAAUGCCGCCAACCAUUUUGAAAGGUGGUACUAUUUUAAUGACAAACUUACUCAUUUUUUAUUAUUUAGUUAACCUAUUGUAAAGCUUAUCGGCACUGGUAAUUAUAACUCUGUGAUAUAUGGCAUUUAAGAGUUAAUCCUGAUUGGUAAAAUAAUAUAUUUAAGGCUUAAAGCAAAAAUACGCUACUUUUCCAAAGCCCCCUCCCCUCUUGUCCUCAGCUGUGUAGCUUUCAACCCCCCCCAGUUGCAGGUAUCCACAUCCAGCAAAUUGUACCGUAUAAAAUGACAGGAAGUAUAAAAGCUGAUAUUUUCAAGAUACAACACUCACUGGCAUCAUAAAAAUAUGAAGCUGAAUAAAAAAAUUAAAAAAACAGAAACAGGCGAUAAUGUGGGCGAUAUAUCCAACCAUAGGCACAGGAAGCCAGACACAUAGUAGCUGGAAUCGUGGAGGAUGUCCGCCAUUUAAAAAAUGUAAAAAUACUGUAACAUACGCAGAUGACUUUAAGCAGUAUAUCACAAAUAAUGCUAGCUUGUUUACGUCCACGACCCCUCCCAAUUUGCCCGCAGUUGUCUUUAUCUGAACAGAUAUGCCCUCCGCAUCCUCUCUUUGUCAAUGUCCUUUAUGGCAAACCCCUAGGUAUAAUUAUCAAAGGAAAUAUUCACCAAUGUUGUACAUAGACUACAUUGGAGACCAUUCAGUCUUAGAAUAUCUCAAUGAAGACAGUGUAGAACCCAUAGUGUAGUAAUAGUGUCAAUACUUUUUUUCCUCCACAGAUAGACGUUGAUUCACCAUUACCCUUACGCCAGAGGCUGGGAUUAUUGGACCCUUUUCAAAGUAAACAAGUGAAGCAAGCAGGACCAGCCGUCUCAGUACAGCCAGCUGGACAUUUUGCCAAAAUGACUGGGCAGUCACAUCAGAAUGACCACUUGACUGACACAUCUAGGAAGGGGAGAGAACCAUCAUUUGAAAGGGUCUCCAAACAGCCAACAAACCCACCAAUAAGAGUACCACCCCCUGCUGAACCACCAGUUACCAAGCCACCUGUUAUAGAUUUGACCUUGUCUGAUCCACUAGAUGACCAUUUUUUGUAUGAGGACCUCAGCUUUGGGGAGUUUGAAACAAUGCACGGAGAAUUGAAAGAUAAAACAGAACCGGUGAAGCAGAAGCUGAAGGUAAAAUAAAGAAAUGUCAUCAAAUUCACCAUCUCUUUAAUAUUGUAACAUGAUGUCUGAACCAUCUAUGUUGUUGUUGUUUGUUGUCCCAAAUCAAUGUAAAAUAAUUGUUUCAAUCAGAUUUUGAAAAUUUCUCUUAUUACAAAAAUCAGAUUUUGAAAAUUUCUCUUACUAUAAAAUUCAGAUUUUGAAAAUUUCUUUUAUUUCAAGUGUCUGUUACAAAUAUAGUGAUAUUUAUUUCAUGGUUCAAUCUUCUUAGCCCUCCCAGGAAACCGGUGCACCACAGAAUAACCUCCCUAAGACACCAGUCAAUCAAAGACUAGGUAAAUUGACCAAGAUAAAAGCCAGUAGAGCCCCUUCACCGUUCACCCCUAUGCCAUCAUAUGAUGCCAUGGCCACCCCAGAACUUAAAGUGAGUGUUGAACUCUUUGUUUACUCUUAUUAUCAACAUUUUAAAUCCUUAAAAAUUCAGUCUUCAAAUAACAUUGAGCAAAACAUUCAGUCAUUGUAAAAUAUAAUUUAAAUAAUUGUCUUUGAUCAAAAAAUAUUAUAUUACCUCUUUACCUUGCUCAUUAUUUUUGGCCUCUGUAUACACCCUUAUUAAUUAACGUUAAUGUAUAAAUGCAUUUAAAAUUUAAAAAAAAAAAAAAAAAAAAAAUUAAAUUUACUUUUCAUAUAAGGAUUAAAUAUUCUUUCAGAAAGCUGCAUCCAAGAUUGGAGUCAGGCCGUUGGGUAAAAAGAGAAUGAGAGAAUUGUUGAAACAUGUUUAUCUAGAAACACAUCAGUGUAAGUGAGAAGCAUGACAAAUUGAGCCUGUCAGUGUUUGUUUGGCAUUUGAUUAAUAGAACCGACUUAAACAUAGCAAUGGGAUGGCGGUCUAUCUUGGCCACAAAAAUAUGAUUAACUGAAAGAAUGCUUAUUGCCAAAUGAAAAAUAAAGGAAAAUUAUACAGAGUGAUUAUUCGGAAUUAUCCCUAUUAAAAUAUAUUAUUAAAAUAUAUUUACCCCCCCAACAUACACAAUGGUCCUCUCUUUGUCAUUUAAAAACUCGCACUUGCUCCACUUUCAGAUGAAACUGACAGUGACUAUGAUGGAACUCCAGUCAAGCGCAAAGAACUGGGCUCAUCUCCAUCAAAACUCAAUAUCAACUCUCAACCAGGUCAAGAACAAGGUAGUGGCCUGACACGCCUAAAACCAAAAAUACAACAAGUAAAGAAAUCAGCCCCGGCCUUAAAAGAUUUAAAACCAGGUGAACAAACAGUGACGUCCCAAAGUGUAGUUUACACUAAGAAGCCACAACAGAUGUCGGGCAAAGGUGGAGUCAGUGGCGUGUGUGAGCCAGACAAGUUUAAGGGUUCGAGUCAUGAGGACGGUGGAGACGAUGACCUGCCAUCAGGAUCACAAGACUCCAGCUACAGGUCAGAGAUAUUUGUCGUUAAAAAAAGCACAAACCUUUUUUCACCAUUUUCCAAUUUUAAAAAAAAAUUAAAAUAAGAAUAAAGACAAAAUGUAUUGAAAUGUAUACAUUUUUUAUUUUAUUCCUUGACAAAUAAAUUUCUUCAUUUGACUAAAUGAGCUCAUUUAUUUGUUAUUUUUACACAAACUCUUGUUGCCACUUUUAAUGAAUGAAAAACAUCUCUACAUCUGCCUCUGAAAAGCUGGUCAAUGGCGUACUCUAGAAUAAUGGGAAACGACCAUCAAGUUUUAAGAUACUUAAAAAGCAAAGAACACAUUAAGUGAGAAAUAUUUUUAAAAGGCACCACUAAAAAGCCAAUGAGAGCCAAAAGCUUUCUUCAGAGAAUAACAAACCAGUGAAAAAAAGAAUAAAAUUAACAUAGCUGCUAAAGAAAGUUGCUGUGUCCCAUUCAAGAGGAACUGAGAAGUGAAAACACUCAAUGUACUCAGUAGAAGCCCAAGAAUAGCUCGCACAAUUUCUCUCCAGUUGUAAAUUCCAAGAUAUUAUCUAAUGUUUUAAAAUAUGUCUUAUCUCUGAAAUUAACAUUUUUUUAAAACAUUUGCUCUUUGUGGAAACAUUGUAUGGUAUUGUGGCUGAAAGAAGAAAAUAAAGAUUAGGUUAAAAUAUUUUGAAUAUUGAAUUCAUCUCCUUAAUUACUUACAUUUACACCAGUACAGUGUAUGUAGCCUUCUCAAGUUAAUUGUUUACAUUUACACCAGUUCAGUGCAGCCUUCUCAAGUUUCAUUAAACACUCUCUCCUAAUAUUGUAAUUAACUAUAAUUAUCCUGCAUAUUUCAGUGAUACUCCUGACUUACCUGAAGAAAGUAUAUUACAGGGAUGGCCAGAUGAAGAAAUGCCAGCUGCACAACAGGUUAAAUAUUAAUUAAAGUCUUUCUGGCAGUACUGUAACUAAGAUAAUAAAGUAAAGGAACACCCCCCAUUUUUUUUUUUUCCUUCCCUUUCGUUUACUGUUCCCUACUUGUCCAAAUAGUUGACACCCAUUUAUCUUCAAUUCAAAUUUUGUGUCAUUGUUUACCAUUUAACAGCAGAUUUCAAACUUAUUUUUUGUACCAGACACUAGAAGCAGUUAUUUUACUCCCAUGGCCCAACAUUCAAAUGUAUGUGAGAAACAAGGAAAUUUAUGUUAAAUUAGUUUAUAUUCAUCUCCAUCAGUUUUGUAGGUAAAUUCACACAAAUAAAAAUGUUGUGACACACUGCUGAACCUUGGCGAAUGUAAUAAAUCAAGAAUGUUACAAACCUAAUAUUUAUAAAAAAUCUGGGAUGGUAUUGUAACAUAAAUGAAAUUUUCAAGUUUCCUGUGCUUCUGGUAAUAUACCAAGAGGUAUGAAGCAUUGUAAGUGAUGUGCAGAAGAAGCUUUAAAUUAAAGAAAUGACUUUUUGUUCUGUAAAUGAAUGUUUUAAACACUACCAUAUCUAUAGCACUCGAUACAUCCACAAUAACUGUAUGAGUUUAUAUUUUCAUCCCACAGGCAAGUGCUGAGUCAAUGACAGAGAGGCUGGUUGAGUUUAUUACUGAAAACAAGGACAUCCAUGAAAAUAUUCUCAUGUAUGAGGUAAGUUCAAUUAUGGCAUCUUAUUUAGACAAUUAGAGUUCUUGUCACUACUGUUGUUUAAUUCGGGAACAUUAUUAAUUACCGGUAUUCCAAUACUAAGGUUGGACUGCAGCAAAGGUCAUAAUGUAAGAUGAAAAUCUGCUUAAGAAAGAACCAAACAAUUCAGACCAACAGUUCUCUUUAGUAGAAAAAAAACUACACCACAUUACUAUUACUAUAUUAUUUAUGAAGACAGCACUUAACGUUAGUAUAAAUGAAUUAAAUGAGAAAAUCAAAAGAAAGAAAUUUAGCAUUAUUUGACAAAAUAAGUUUUAAAAAUUUACAUAUAAGGUUGCAUGCAAGUAUUUAAUUUGUCUAUUCAUAGCCACUUGAGCUAGAUGUGCUGAAGAAAAGAAUUGCAGACUGUGGAAUUCGUAUAGGAAUGCCUAAGGUCAUGGACUUCUUAGAUGAACGAGUGAGUUGAUAUAUUUUUAAAGUAAAAUUGAAUGGCACUGUUGGAUUGUUUUUAAGCUUUCCAGAGUAAACUUAUUUGUUACGGUUUGCUAGUUGUUUUUGUAUGGGACUUGUACACAUCCAUUUUCUUUCUUUUAUCUAUUUUUUAUACUCACUAGAAAAUUUCAGGAAAAUUUAGUUUCACUGAUGUAGGCGAAACAUGAAUUUGUAUUUGGUCCUAACAAUACUGUUUACAACAGCAGGGCACUUUCACAAAUUGUAUGUGUUUUAACCCGUUAAAAAGAACAAGCCUAUUUUUCACUUCAACAAAACAAAUAUAUGAACAUUAGUGGGUUUUUCUUGCAAAUCUAUAAAUGUAUUCACCAGUGUUUUCAAAAAAUAUAUAUAAUUUUUUAAGUUUAAGCUCUUAUUAUUGAUAAUUACCGGUAUAUGUAAAAAAUAGACUGAUGAAAUGGUGUCUGGUAGUAAUGACAAUUUGGAUCCUAUUUAGAAAUUUAUAGCAAGCUAUUAAAAUAUAAACCGUUUGAAUUUUGAACUCUUUGCCCUUUGCCAUGAAACCCACCAAAAAAGUGACACUACGGUAAGCCAAGAUAAAUACGGGUACUAUGAAUACAAAUGAGAUGAUUUUUUUAUUCAAUCUUAAUUGACUACAGAUAAAAAUUAUACUGUUGUAGAAUAAUGUGGAAGAUCUUCUGAAGCCACUGAAGGUCAUACCGGUACAUUAUUCUUACAGUAUAGGGCUAGGCCUUUUACAAGCAUACAAUUCAUAACUUCAAAGUCAUGAAAAAUGAUUUCACAACUGAAAAAACAGGAGUUCAAGUACAAUAAAAUUCAGGUGGUAAGUAGGGACAUGAAAAUUCACGUAGAGACUGUUACGGGUUAGACAGAAAUAUCAGUCUGGCAAUGUAUGGAGAUUCUACUUUAAGACACUUCACGAAAAUUGAGAUUGAACGUGGGGUAAAAAAAUAUAAUUAAGAUAAGUUUUAAAUAAAGAGAAUUCCUUUCAUCUUCCACAGUGCAUUACAUUUACCAUGAAAAAUAUAAACAAGGGCCAAAACAGACAUAAGAAGAGAGCCAGACCUAAAAAGACUCAAAAUUCUCCAACAAAGAAAUAAGGGACAAUGAGCUGAAGUAGCUGUAUCCACAAUUGAAAAAAAAAAACUAUCUUGACAAGCCUGGACAUACUUUAAUUUAAAUUUUGGCUUUGAUUCUUUGAUGUAAGGUUUCUUUCUGCAGUAAAUGUGGGUGUGGAUAGUUUGUACAAGUUGAAUGCCAGCUAACAUUCAUUUCAUAAUGUAAUAAAUUGCUUUCGAAUCUGCUUUUUAAUUAAUGUAAUAAUGGCAUGACCAUAUUUUUACAUUUUUUUAUGCAUCUUGGAAAACUGAAAGCACCUAAAUAUAGACCUUGUCCAUCAAUUUAAAUAUGGUAUCUUGACACCCAAUAAAUGCAUAUGCCCCUCUAACUCUAACUAAUUAAAUUAGUGAUUCUUGAGUUGUAUUUUAUAAUUUUGAAGACAUUACAAUAAUUUGUAAUCUCAACCCUCUAAACUUGUGAAUUAGCAUUUGUAUUGUAUUCAUCAGACUGCUCAUUUGUUGUUACCCGGUAUGUUAAAUGUCCACACACUAUAUUGUAAAGAAUAAUAAAAAUAACUACCGGUACUCAGUUAACUGAACUGUAUCGACGUUUGGUAGUAAAAUUUUAAAAAAGAAUAUCGGUGUUAUAGAUUGUAUUGUUUCAUUUAUUAACACUAAAUUGGUCUAAAUACUAUACCGGUAAUUAGUAAAAUUGAUAAGAUUUUUAUUUUAAUAUUAUUAAAGGAGUACUCGAGUAGUAGUAUACUUUACUAGAGCAACUUUAGUAAUGUAAAUUAUUAGAUUAGCUGGUAUUUAAAUGAAAUUAUUUGAAAAAAAGUUGUUUUUUGGUUGUAUUCAUGAUUAAAUUUAAACAUGUUCACAAACAUCUUUAGUUACUUUUUAAAAUUAAUUACUGGUAUAUCAA